UCCAAUGCUGGAGUCCGCCACACAGGAUAAAGGAGGGGACUGGCAGAGCAGAUCUCUUAAGGAAGAAGACAGAUUCCGAGUGUGUAGAAGAGCAGUGAGAGCAAAGAGAGAGAGAGGAGAGAGGAAAAGCCAGAGGGAGAGAGGGGGAGAGGGGAUCCGUUGCAGGCAGGGGAAGGCGUGACCUGAAUGGAGAAUGCCAGCCAAUUCCAGAGACACACAGGGACCUCAGAACAAAGAUAAGACAUCGCUGACACCACACCGGGGACGAUCUCACAGACUAGUCCGGCAGAGGGGACCCAGGCCAGGCAGUCAGGAGCGUGCAAGGCAGGAGAAUGAGCCGUAAGUGGGAGAAUUGGGAACUGAACCCAAGUACACUCAACUUCAAAGGCUGGGCCUGAAGCACUGCAGUGUGGCAGUCACUCCAAUAGGGGGCUGUGGAAUCUGGAGCGAUGAAGAGAUAAUUCACAGCCCAGGAAGAAAAAAUGGGACAUCAGCAGAUGAGCAAUGAGCAAAGCAUGUGCCAUCGGGCUGAGGUGGCUCCUUCUCUGUCAUGCUCUGUGCUUCUCCCUGUUGAAGGCUUCGUCCCACACCGUGGAGUUGAAUGACAUGUUUGGCCAGAUCCAGUCACCUGGCUAUCCGGACUCCUAUCCCAGUGACUCAGAGGUGACUUGGAAUAUCACUGUCCCAGAGGGGUUUCGGAUCAAGCUUUACUUCAUGCACUUCAACUUGGAAUCUUCCUACCUUUGUGAAUAUGACUACGUGAAGGUAGAAACUGAAGACCAGGUGCUGGCAACCUUUUGUGGCAGGGAGACCACGGACACAGAGCAGACCCCCGGCCAAGAAGUGGUUCUCUCCCCUGGUUCCUUCAUGUCCGUCACUUUCCGGUCAGAUUUUUCCAAUGAGGAGCGGUUCACGGGCUUUGAUGCCCACUACGUGGCUGUGGAUGUGGACGAGUGUAAGGAGAGGGAGGACGAGGAGCUGUCCUGUGACCACUACUGCCACAACUACAUUGGCGGCUACUACUGCUCCUGCCGCUUUGGCUACAUCCUCCACACGGACAACAGGACCUGCCGAGUGGAGUGCAGUGACAACCUCUUUACCCAGAGGACAGGCCUGAUCACCAGCCCUGACUACCCCAACCCUUACCCCAAGAGCUCUGAAUGCCUCUACAACAUUGAGCUGGAGGAGGGUUUCAUGGUCAGCUUGCAAUUCGAGGACAUUUUUGACAUUGAGGACCAUCCUGAGGUGCCCUGCCCUUAUGACUAUAUCAAGAUUAAAGCUGGUUCAAAAGUUUUGGGACCCUUCUGUGGAGAGAAAGCCCCAGAACCCAUCAGUACCCAGAGCCACAGUGUCCAGAUCCUGUUCCGCAGUGAUAACUCAGGGGAGAACCGGGGCUGGAGGCUCUCGUACAGAGCUGCAGGAAACGAGUGCCCUGAGCUACAACCUCCUGUCCAUGGGAAAAUUGAGCCCUUGCAAGCCACAUAUUCCUUCAAAGAUCAAGUGCUCGUCAGCUGUGACACAGGCUACAAAGUGCUGAAGGAUAAUGUGGAGAUAGACACAUUUCAGAUCGAGUGCCUGAAGGAUGGGACAUGGAGUAACAAGAUUCCCACCUGUAAAAUUGUAGACUGUGGAGCCCCAGCUGAGCUGGAACAUGGACUGGUCACCUUCUUCACAAGGAACAACCUCACCACAUACAAAUCUGAGAUCAGAUACUCCUGCCAUCAGCCCUAUUACAAGAUGCUUCACAACAUCACAGGAAUGUAUACCUGCUCUGCCCAAGGGGUCUGGACAAAUGAAUUACUGGGAAGAAGCCUGCCCACCUGCCUUCCAGUGUGUGGUCUUCCCAAGUUCUCCCAGACGCUGAUGGCCAGGAUCUUCAAUGGACGCCCAGCCCAGAAGGGCACCGCUCCCUGGAUUGCCAUGCUGUCUCACCCAAAUGGGCAGCCCUUCUGUGGGGGCACCCUUGUAGGCUCCAACUGGAUUGUGACUGCUGCUCACUGCCUCCACCAAUACCUCGAUUCAGACGACUUGACCCUGGAUGACUCAUACUUGCUGAGCCCUUCUGACUUUAUGAUCAUUAUGGGCAAGCACUGGAGGCUCCGGUCUGAUGAAAACGAACAGCAUCUCGGUGUCAAACAUUUCAUCCUCCAUCCGCUGUAUCAACCCCACACUUUUGAGAACGAUGUGGCUCUGGUGGAGCUGCUGGAAAGCCCAAUACUGAAUGACUUCGUGAUGCCCAUAUGUCUGCCUGAGGAGCCCCCGAAGGAAGGAACCGUGGUCAUCGUCAGCGGCUGGGGGAAGCAGUUCUUGCAGAGGUUCCCAGACACCCUGAUGGAGAUUGAAAUCCCCAUUGUUAACCACCAUACCUGCCAGGAGAACUAUGCUCGGCGGAAGAAGAUCAUAACCAAGGACAUGCUCUGUGCUGGGGAGAAGGAAGGGGGGAAGGAUGCCUGUGCGGGAGACUCUGGAGGCCCCAUGGUGACUCUGGAUAUGAAGAGAGGCCAAUGGUACCUGGUGGGCACAGUGUCCUGGGGUGAGGGCUGUGGAAAGAAGGAUCUCUAUGGAGUGUAUUCGGACAUCUACCACAACAAGGGCUGGAUCCAGAGGGUCACCGGGGUGAGAAAUUGAGUUCAGCUUUCAGUCAGCACUGCCUUCGGCGGUCAGUCAGCGGCUGAAGAUAAUUAUCUCAUGCUGGCAGUCACUUCUCCCUGGCCCCUCAGCCUUCUCCCCUUCAUUCAGCCCACCUGUCAAAGAGCAAGCGCGGGAGCAUGCUGUCUCCUUCCCCCUCUCUUUAAGAGGCAAAGUAGUAGAGUGGGCAGAACUCAAGGCCAAAUCCAGGUCCCGUCACUUAUAAGCGUCAGGAUGCCAGACAGCUGAUUUGUCCUCUGACUCUGUUUCUUCAUCCAUAACAUUGCAAGUGACACACCUUACCUACCUCAUAAAAGUCUGAUGAUGAUCAAAUUAAUUAACAUAUACAUAGUACUUAACCAGUGCAUAGCCUAAACUAAGUGUCCCAUAGAUGUGACUUAGAUCAACUCUAGGCAAAUGAAGUCCCCUUGCAAAACCCCUGGGUUUUGCUGGGUCUUAGGCCUGAUUAGUGACACACCUGUCCUCCCCCAUUGACCAUCUCCUCCAUUUGCCCUCUAUAUGCUUCUUUGCCACAUACAACUCUCCCCACCCAACCCUCCCCCAUUAAGAGGUAAAAUAGACAAGGGUCUUAGUCCUGUGGCAUGCCCCACAGCAAGGUGGUUAUGCCCUUGAGCUAGGUACCAAGUUGUGACAGUAACAGAGAAGCAACUUCCAGGAGACAGACUAGGGAUGGGGUUCUGGGAAGUCAGAUAUCUGAUGCUAGAACCAGUUUUGUCCCCCUCCCAGCUCAUCCUGUGAUCCUAUGCAAGUCCUUUCCCCUCAUCUCAAAGGGCCCUUACAGCUCUGACAAUCCAGGAUCCAAUGAAGUCCUAUUUUCCCUGAUGAGAUGAGUUAAAGCCAAAGUAACCCAAAGGCCAAAAUUUCAUUAACUUCAAAGAGCUUAGAUGGAGACAAAAUGCUGCUGCUGCUCCUGCCAUCUCCACCACUGCCCACCACACCCUGUUUCCCAAAGACAUAAACCAGGCAAAGUGCAGCCAAAAGAUCUUUCCAUAUUCCUAAGAAAAGCAGCUGUUCUGGACCCUGGGCUCCUUGCCUUCCCUAGUCCCAGGCUGCUGCGGGUAGGCACUGGCAAGCUAGACCUCAGGCCCCUGAGCUCUCUAUGUCCACAGAUGGCCCCACGCAGCCGUUCCCCUGAUUCCUCACCCCUGUGCCGCACCCUGAGCUCCCUUGCCUUGCAAGGUCAUGAAUGUUCUCAAGCAGUAAUCCUCCCUCAUCCAAGAACCACUUCCUCCUUGCUCAGGGAGCUUAUAGAGAACUCCUCAACUCCAGAGCUCCAAGAUACAAACUCUCCAGGGAUCAGAAGUCCCGAGUCUCUGUCUUCUGUUCUGCCAGAAUGUCUCUUGAUGGAAAAUUUGAGCUCUUGACCUGCACAGCAGCUGCUGUGGUCAUUCUGGGUCUCUUGCUAAAUGAGGAAGUGAGCAAGUACUCGUAGGCAUUAAGCCCUCAGCUGAACACUCAGGGACAGCCAUGCAAAACCUGCCUCGACUUCUGUGUGUCCUGCCUUUUCUUCUGCAAAGGGAAGAGGACAAGGAGAACUAUGCUCAGCGGAAGAAGAUAGUAACCAAGGACAUGCUCUGUGCUGGGGAAAAGGAAGGUAGGUUAUGCUGACAUACAACAUGGGCACCAUCAGAUGCUAAUCAGACAAGCUGGAGUUCUGUGUAAAACACCAAAGAAGAAUUGUGACACCAAAUUUUGAAAUCACCCCAACAGUCAUCCCAAGACACUGUACCUUCCCAUGUCACAGCACUGCCUGGGAGUUCCACAGGCUUGAGGCUGUGCUGUCUGCUGCACGGGUAGUGGGAUGAGAAGAGUAUGAGUCACGCCUUCCAGGAGCUCCUACUGAGAGACGUGACGCCUAGAUAAGUGACUGCAGUGUACAGGAAUGUACCCCACAAAGUGCUAAGUUUGAGAGAGGCACAGAGGUCAAAGAAAAGUCAUUCUGGUAUGGAGGUAUUGGGGAAGGAAAUGCCAGAAAAAUCUUCCAGGAGGAGAUGGUCUUGAGGAGGGUGGGCAUCUCAAUGGGUAAGACAGAGGGAAGCCUUCCAGAUGGUGAGAGAACAGGAGUAAAUAUUCACUCAAGCUUCUCUAGGUUACCAAAGCUUCUCCCAUGAAAUGGCACAUCCUAGAGACCAGUGUCUGUGAUGAGAACCAAUAUCUAAAGGAGCCUUUAUCCUUAGAGUCAGAAUAUUAAACAGGGCUUAGCCUGAGGAUUUAUGCACAGAUAUUGAUUUCUGACCCAGUUUAUCCUCUUUAUUCUAAGUGCAACUUCAUUAUUAUUCAGAGAAAAUAUGUAAAAGGGCAGUGGAAUCUUGGCUUCCCCUUGAUCUAUAAGAAUCUAUUAAAUGUGCAACUCCUGCACUACUGCUAAGGUCCAACAAACCCAAAUACCUCACAGAGCCACAGCAGCAGAGAAUAGGGGUGUCAGGACCAUCUUAACUCUAUGACCUCAUUCCUGAACCUUUCUAAUGAUGACAAACUCACUACCUCCAAAUACAGCCCAUUCCAACUUUAAAAUAUGCUGCUCUUAAAAACGUUUCUCUUGGGGUACAGGGGUGCAUGAUGUAAUCUCAGUGACUUGGGAGGCUGAGGCAGGAGGAUCACAAGUUCAAAGCUAGUCUCGGCAACUUAGCGAAGCCCUUAAGAAACUUAACAAGAACCUGUCUCAAAAUAAAAGAUAAAAACGAUGCAGUUCAGUGGUAAAGCACCCCUGGGUUCAAUCCCCGGUACCAAAACCAAAACAAAAAAGUUCUCUCUUCUAUGCAACCAAAAUCCACCUCCCUAGAAUGUAGUAUGGAUAACUAAAGCUAUAAUUUCAUACCUUAAAUGCUGUUUUAACACUAGUGUAUUUCAUUAGCAACAAAAGCUGCUGUUCUUAUGGGAAAAUACAUAUUUGUUCCAAUAAACAUCUGCAUUGAGUCAAAAAA